AUGGCGACAGCACCUCCGGCCUCAGGCAAAAGUGAUGGAGAGCCGCUGAAGGUGCACCCAAAGCUUCCAUCAAGCGCUGGAGAGGACCGUGCCACCCUGCUGGGCAUUGCCAUGAUGGCUUCCUCUGUGCUGAUGUUCUUCCUGUUGGGGACCACUGUGCUGAAGCCUUUCAUGCUCAGCUCUAACAGAGAAGAAUCAAACUGCACCACCAUCCACACACACAUUGCAGACGAUUGGCUGAACUUCGCCUUCACCUGUGAGGGCAGCUGCCAGGACCAGGGCGGGUAUCCCUGUCUGCAGGUGUUCGUAAACCUCACCCACUCAGGCCAGAAAGUGCUUCUCCACUACGAUGAUGAGGCGGUCAGAACCAACCCCAAGUGCUUUUAUACACCCAAGUGUCACCAAGACAGGGAUGAUCUGCUUAACACUGCCCGGGACAUCAAGGAAUUCUUCGAUCACAGAAAUGGAACUUUCACUUGCUUCUACAGUCCCGAUGGCCAGCUGGGAGUCGUCCUGAGGAAGUCUGGCCACAAGUGUGAACAGUACAGCAUGGUGGUGAGAGUUCAGGCAGGAGGCAGAGCACCUUCUGUGGGCAGGCGCAGGUCUUCGGGGUGCAGUGUGACGAAGAGCCAGGGAAGGAGCAGAGGGCUGAAGAGGCAGCCACACCUCUCCCAUCCCGAGAUGCUCCAGCUGACGACUUGAGCACUGCCAGGCAUGGCGGAGCAUUGUGAUCCCAGCACUUGGGAGGCUGAGGCAGGAGGAUCACAUUCAAAGCCAGCUUGGGCUAUAUACAGAUCUUGUCUAAGAACAUAGCUGGGGUUAUAGCUUCCAGAUAGAGCACCUGCCUAGCACACACAAGGUUGUGGAUUUGAUCCCCAGCACUAAACCAGUGAUAGCUGCUUACAAACCUGUUGUGUACAGGGCAAGGGCAGGCAUCACAGCUUUCCCCAGGGGAACCAUUCUUCAGAUGUUGGCCGUUUUCUAGUUAUUCUAAAAACAUGUAGUUUCAACAGUCUUUCUUUUCCCAGUCUCCUCAGAUAAGCCAAGGGAGCACCUUUCUCCUUGUAGGUAAAAUUAAUUCAAGGCACUCCUCUACAUAACUUCAUUUCUCCAUGGAACAUGUUGGCACGAAACAAGCCAUUCCUAAGUCUGUCUGUCGAGCACUCAGCUGCCAGCAUGUGCAGUUCAUAUGAUGUUUCUCACAGAAAAAGGCAGUGGGAGCUGGGGUGAUGGCUCGGUUGGUAAAAUGAGAACCUGAGAUUGGUUUCUCAGACACAUACAAAACGAAAAUAAGCAAACAAAACAACAAAGACAAAGCAGGCCUGUUGGCCUGGACCUGGAACCCCAACACUAGGGACAGCCAGAAUAGCAAAUCUGUGACCUCCAGGUCAAUGAGAGACCCUGUCUCAAACAUGGACAAUGACUGGGGACCACCACCUGAAGUUGCUCUGGUCUCCACACACCGACACAUGCAUGCAGGCGUGUAGACAACGCACAUACACAUACUCAUAGCUAGCAGUUCAUUUACUACAAGUAGAUCAAAACUGCCAACAACGGAAGAAAACCCAGGUCUGCUACGUUUACUGUAGUUUGUUCUUCCCUUACCCUCCAUUCCAAGAGGAAAGCUGCCGCCUGGA